GGAAGGAAGAGGAAGGGGUCGCUCAGACAAGGGCUCUUGGGAAAGAACAUGCUGCGCCGGGGCCCACAAGAGGACCACCAGCCGUCUGCGCCGCCAGCACUGGCCGAGCUCAGCAACACCAACAUGGCGGAGACGAUGCCCGGGGAAGAGACUACGCCGCGGCCUGCGAAUUACCAACAUGCGACGCGCAACUCGCCAUCUGAACUUGGAUGGAAGCAAACAGCCGCAUCGUCCGUCUCGGCAUCGACCACGAGAAGCUCGUCUUACGAACUCGACGAGCCGAAUCCGGGCAUGCAAGCAUCGGACAUCGCGCGUUCAGCAACACCCUAUGCAUCAACUACGGACGACGACGAGGUUGUCCCUUUCUACCGCUCAACCACCGCGAGGGGAUGUGAGCCCAGCUCGCCAGCAGCUGCAAGUGCUGUACAGCACCGUCGUCCCAUCCGCGCAAUUCAGCACACGUCAUUAAGUACCGUGCAAUCACCGACUGAUCUGGCACUAGAAGAAGAAUGGGACUAUAGCGAGACGGAGUGGUGGGGCUGGAUCAUUCUUAUAGGGACGUGGGUCGUCUUCGUUGUAGGCAUGGGUUCUUGCCUCGGCGUAUGGAGCUGGGCUUGGGACGUCGGAGAGACGCCAUAUGCGCCUCCCGAGCUCGAAGACGACGACACAUUGCCCAUCACAGGCUAUUAUCCAGCACUAAUCGUAUGCACUGCCGUCAUGGCGUGGGUAUGGGUCGUCGUAGCCUGGGUCGGCAUGAAGUAUUUCCGGCACUCCAAGAUGGUCGGCGAUGACGGCUAG